AUGGAGAAUAAAACCGAAGAACCAAUAUUUACAUUUGAAGAUGCUGUUAUUCAACAAGUUCAAGGUGCACAUUCUGAACCAUUGAAUGAAUUAGCUGCUUAUUAUGCUCAAAUGACAAUCAAAGAUCUUGAUUUAAAUCAACAAUAUCAUCCAUUGUUAAGUGCAUGCCGUUCUCUUGCUUCAACUUUACGUGAACAAGUAACAUGGCAUUCAACACAACUUCGUCUUGUUCAAUUAAUUGAACGUUUUCCUCGUUUAAAACCAUUUUUAGUAAUAUUAAAUAAAUAUGGUUUACAUUUAAAAGAUAUUCUUCGUGGAGAAAAAAAUGGAUCAGAUAUAUUUUUUGGUGAUGAUGAAAUUGGACAAAUUUUUCAUUCGAUUUGUCAAUAUUUAAAAUUACAAUAUGAACAACAACAAACUAAAGACAAUUCAUUUGAAAAUUAUCGAUUAUGUAUAUUUUGGUUAACUGAUAGUGAUUGUUCAGAUGUUGUACCUAUUCUUGAUCUUCUUCUUAAUUUAUCUCAACAAACAGGUUUAUUAAUUGAUUUACAUUAUGCAGAUUCUGAUCCAGUACAACUUGCAAAUGCACAGCAAACAUUUAAUACACAUAUAGCUAAUCAAAAAAAUGUAUCUAUUAUUUAUGAUGAAACAAUUGAUUUAUAUGAUAGUAAAACAUUUGAAAAAAUCCCAUUCGAAUCAUUUGAUAUUAUAUUUUCUGCAAAUCAACUUCUAGGAAAUCAAGAUUUAACAAAUUCUUUAAUUGAUCUUCGUCGUUUACUUGUUCCUGAUGGUCUUCUUUUAUUACUUGAAUUAGUUCAUGUUCCUCUUUAUUUUGAUCUUAUUUUUGGUUUUAUUUAUCGAUGGUGGUCAUCUUCAUCUGAUGAUGAUAAUGAUAAUAAUCGUGCAUUAAAUAAUAUUCAACAAUGGACAACACUAUUAGAACAAAUCGAAGGAUUUAAUACUAUUGAAUCAACAUUAAAUGAAAAUGAAAGUACAUUUAUUAUUUGUCAAAAAACAACAUCGAACGAAAUAUUACAAACACUUGUUGAAAGAAUAAAUCAAUUAUGGUUAAUAUUUACUAAAGAUGAUAAUAAUAAAAAUAGUUUUAGUCAUAUUCUAUCAUCAUUAUUACCAUGUUCAGAUAUUAAAAUUUUUGAUAUUCGUAAUUCAACUUUAGAUAAUAUUUGUUCUGUAAUACCAGUUUUAUUAGCUACUUAUAAACAAGUAUCUAUUAUUUUUGCAUGGCAACUUGAUCAAAUCUUGCUUAAUGAAAAUAAUGAUGAUUUAGCAUUUAAACAAGACGAAGAAUUAAUUUGCGGAACAUUUUCACGUAUUCUUCAAACAAUUCAAAAAUCAUCACCACAUUUUUAUCCAUUUGUAUAUGUUCUUACAGAUCAUGCUCAGUUCAAUAAUGAUUCUAAUCUUAAUAUAAUUGCAUCACCAUUUAUUGGUCUUGCACGAAGUUUAAUAACUGAAUAUGAACGACAUCGAUUAAAACUUAUUGAUCUUCAAAUAUCAUUAAAUAAUAAUAAUAAUCAGUCAAUAUUUAUUCAUACUUUAAUAGAAUAUAUGAUUAAUUCAAGAUAUUCAACUGAUACUUGUGAAGUUGUUCUUCGUCUUAAUCAUACAAAUCAAAAUCAAGUUCAACAUUUAACAUGGCAUUAUGAAAUGUUACACAAAUCUGUUGAUGAUAAUGAUGAGCAAGGAAAGUCUAAAUUAGAACAAAUAUCUAUUAUUCCUAAACGAGAUGCUGACAAAAAACCAUUUCGUCUUUGUGUACCACAAUCUCGUUUUCUUUCUGAAUUAACAUGGAUUGAAGAAGAUAGGGAAAAAGAAUUAUUACCGGGUAUGGUAGGAGUUCGUGUUCAUUGUGUUGGUAUUAAUUUUCGUGACGUACACAAAUCACGUGGUCUUUAUCCAUAUACACGUACUUUUGCACAAUCUGAUGAAGAUCAACCAAAAGUUAAUCAAGAUACAGAACCAGGCUCAGAUUUUGUUGGUACUAUUGUACGUGUAGGUCCUACAACAACUAAUUUUCAAGUUGGUGAUCAUGUUGUAGGUGUUACUGGUGAUGGUACAUAUCAUUCUCAUAUUAUGAUUAAUUCACAACUUAUAAUACGUAUUCCAUCUGAUUCUCCUCUUACCGCUGAACAAUUAUGUGGUAUGCCAACUCCACUUUUAACAGUUAUAUAUUCUCUUAAAUACCGUGUUCAUUUGCAAGCUGAUCAAACUGUUCUUAUUCAUGCUGCAACAGGUGCUGCAGGUCAAUGGUGUAUUCAAUAUUGUCAAUAUAUUGGUGCUCGUGUUAUUGCUACAGCUGGAACUGAAGAAAAACGUCGUUUUCUUCGUGAAUAUUAUGGUAUUGAACAUGUAUUUAAUAGUCGAGAUACGUCUUUUGUUAAUAAUAUACGUGAAAUUCUUCCACAAGGUUUUGAUGUUAUUGUUAAUUCAUUAUCAGGCAAUUUACUAAAAGAAUCAAUAAAAUUAUUAGCAUAUCAUGGUCAUUUUGUUGAAUGGGGUAAACGAGAUAUUUAUCAUGAUAAUAAUUUAUCAAUGUUUCAAUUACGAUCAGACUGUAGCUUUCAUGUAAUUGAUUUUAUUUCACUAGCUGAUCAUGUAUCACCUCUUAUUCGUCUUAUGCUUGAAGAAGCAAUUGAUUUAUUUGUUCAACGUAAAUUGCGCGCUGUUGAACCAACAGUUAGCUAUGAACCAUCUCAAGUAAUAGAAGCAUUAUUAAGAUGUAAUAGUGGUCAAGUUAUGGGUAAAACAGUUUUUCGUAUAACUUCAUCUGAUCAACCAUUAGCUAUUAAUAAAAAACAAUCUAAUAGUUUAUUAAAAGUUGUAAGUGAUAAUACAAUGUUUUCAUCAGAAGUUUGUAAUGAAGGAACAAUUUUAAUAUCUGGUGGUUUUGGUGGUCUUGGUUUAACAAUAUCUCGAUGGAUGAUUGAACAACGAGGUGUUAAACAUAUAGCACUUAUGAGUCGUCGAACAUUAGUUCAACUUGAACAACCUUCGAAUCCACAGUAUGAUGAUUGGUUAAGAUUAAAACGAACAACAAAAGAAUAUAAUGCUCAUGUUGAUGUUGUUCAAGCAGAUGUAACAAAUUUUCAACAAGUUCAUGAUUUAAUUGAAAGAUUUCAAAAAACUUGUUAUCCUAUUCGUGGUAUUAUUCAUAGUGCUGUUGUUUCAGAAGAUCGUACUUUAGGUAAUUUAACACAAGAACAUUUAUCACUUGUUUUACCACCAAAAGUUCGUGGUGCAUGGUAUCUUCAUCAAGCUACACAACUUCUUCAUGCACCUCUUCAUUUCUUUAUUAUGUUUUCAUCAAUUCGAAAUCAUUUACUUGAAGUUUCAUCUGCUGGUUAUAAUGCUGGUAAUCAAUUUCUUGAUGCACUUGCUCAUUAUCGUUUUGAAAAACUUAAUUUACCAGCACUGUCAAUUAGUUUACCAGCUGUAAGUGGUGCUGGAAUGUUUCAUCGUCAUAAAGAAAUGCUCAGUACUUUGAAAGAGACACAAGGUUUUGAAUUAAUGCCAACAGUAACUGUAUUCGAAUUAAUUGAAUGUUUUCAUCAAACUCAAAAGAUUUGUCCAUGUCCUGUUAUUUUUGCUGUUAAUUGGCAAACAUUACAUCGAAAUUAUCCAUCAUUAGCUACAUCUUAUCUAAGAAAAAUAGUUGGUGAGCGUUAUAAAGAAAUGAAAUUUGAUCAACCAUCAUCCCCAGGAAAAACUGUUGCACGAUUAUUAGGUGCAGCUAGUGUUGAUCGUAUAGUUAUUGACCGUUCACUUGUUAGUCAAGGUAUGGAUUCAUUAGCUGCUGUUUCAUUAUAUAAUUGGUUAGGUCAAGAAACUGGCAUUUAUAUACCAUUAGUUGAUCUUCUUCAAGGACUUUCAAUUGAAAUGAUUGCAACACUUGUUUAUAGUAAACUUAAUGAAAAAGAACAAACAACAUCAUCAGCAGCUACAAAAAAACAUGAUUCAGAUUUUGAUUUAGUUAAUAGAAAUGAAGCUCAAUAUUCUAAUACAUCAACAUACACUGGUUUAGACAAUAUCAUUUGUCUACAUCGUUCAAAUCAAAAUAAUACUUCAACUCUUUUUUGUAUUACUCAAAUAUCAUAUGAUAAUAAUAAUGAAGAUUUAUUUACAUUAUUUAUUCAGAAAUUAUCUAAUGAAAAAAAUAAAAUAUCAUCAAAUGAUAUCUAUGCUUUACAAAUACCAACAAUAACAUCAUCAUCUAUAUCUACAUAUGCUCAAAGUCUUAUUACACAAAUGCGUCGUAUUCAACCAUGUGGAUCUUAUCAGAUAGUAGCUAUUCGAAACAAACCAGAAGAAAGUAUUGCUUAUGAAAUGUUAAAACAACUCAAAACACACUCACUCAUUACUAAUACUCAAUUACAUCUUUUAGAUGCUCAUAAUUAA